AUGCAUACAUUUUUAUCAGCAAAAAUAUGGAUAUAUGGUUUAAAAAUUCUUCAAAAAUUAUUUGUUCAUUUACAUACACAAUUUAAUCGAGAUAUACUAUGGGAAACAAUUGAUAUAGAUUUUAUGAAUCUAGAUCAAGGUGCUUAUGAAGAUAGAAAAUUUGAACAUGUAUGUUUACGUACGAGAAUCAAUGGAAAAUUUAUUACAGUGAAAUUAGGUGGUGAAGGAACUACAACAUUGAAACAGUCAGUAGUUACACGAUGGCUUUCAUUAUUUUCCUGUGCUGAAUCUGUCUAUAACAACUAUGAUGCUGUAUUGUUAGCCUUAGAAAGUCGUCGUGCAACAAGAUAUAUUGACAAUUUAACAAAAUAUAAUUUAAUCGACUUGUUGCUUUUACUGGCUCCACUUAAUGCUGCUCUCCAAGCUAUUCAAACGGAUGAAACACCAUCAUUACAUUUAGUAGUUCCUUUUUACCAAAAAUUACUAGACAAUUAUAGUACAUAUUCGAAAUUAGUUUCAUCGGCAAAAAAAAAGUAUCCUUCCAUAUUUCAGAGUUCACUGAUUGCUGAUUAUUUAUUAACUGAAUCUGAUGAAUUCUUUCGACGACGUAUACAUGCAAAGUUAAUUGAAAUUUUCAUUUUUGACGAUCAUCAUUAUAUGGCUAUGUGCCUUCAUCCUGCAUUAAGAGAAAUGGAUGAUGUUCCACAUCAAAUAAGAACAAAUUGUUAUAUGAACAUUCGAAAAUAUUUACAAGAUAAUGAACUUAAUGUUGUUGAUGCACCAGCAAACAAUGUUUCGUCAUCAAGAAAAAAACGAAAAUUAUUGCAUAAAUUUUUAGACGAAGAUGAUGAUGAUGAUGAUGAUGAUGAAGAAAAACAAAUACAAUCAACACUUGAUCAAAAUGUUGUGCUUGUCGAUGACGACAACAUCGAUCUUAUUCACAAAACCAGUAUGAAACGUUCAUCUUCAGUUUCUUCAUUAUCAACAGAAUUCUCAUACAAAACCAAUUAUCAAGCUUUCAAGCCUGAUGAACUUGAUCAAUAUUUGGAGGCUGAUUUGCCGUCAUCAAUAGUCAAAGAAAAUCCACUUCAAUUUUGGUCAGGCGAAUUUGCAACAUCGAAAUUUCCUCUAUUAAAAUGUCUAGCUCGAAAACUAUUUUCGAUUCCAGCUACAUCAUCAGAAACAGAACGACUUUUUAGUUAUAGUGGGAUUAUAUUAAACAAUAGAAGACAGAGAUUAUCACCGGAUCAAGUGGAUAAUAUGCUGGUUAUCAGAAGGGCUCGAAAAGUACUGACGACCUUGAAAAAUAAUGAUUCAAUAAACAAGUGA